UUUGUUCUCAAAUUCACUGAAGAAAAACUUUUUAAGUUCCUUUUGCAAGUUCUAACCAAGUAAGAGGACACAAGGAAUAUGAUCUACCAUUGAUAGCUUUGUGAUGGAUGAAAUGAUUGGCCUUGGACAGUUCAACAUCUUACCAGGGUUCCUGCUCCAUGAACUUUGAAGGAAAAGGCUAAAAGAUGCCUUCUGAACCCUUCACUGACCAGGCCAUUGUUGCUGUCAGAGUCUCCUCUUCGUUUUAUGGGAGAUGCAUCUUGAUAAAGGACCUUCCUGUUCAAGAAUUCAAUGGAGCUGUCUUAUUUGCAAGCCAAAGAGUGCACCAGAAUCUUUAAAGUAAGGGUUAUCAUGACAAAAGUUCCCGAGGAAUUUCUUGAACUCUUACCUGGCAACAAGGUGAGAAGCCAUGCUUGACCAAAGUUUUUUCUUUUUUCAUUCCCUAAGAAUCAAAAACCUCCAAAAGCUCAUGCAGGUUCUGAAUUCAUUACCGUGCAUACCAUUUGUGAAAAAGGCAGCUCAAAUGAUCUUGAAGAACUUGAUUCCAGGUCUGAAGUUGACAAUGCAUCAAAAAACUAGACUCUUAACAGGCAACACAUCUCUACUCCUCUCAUAUCCUCCCGACUCACAGAUCAACGCAGGGAGAGCUUGCAGUACUUAGUAGCAGUGGCACCCGCCAUGGGUUCACCGCCCGAGCUCAGCCUAGACUACAAGCUCGACGACUACACGGCGGUCGCAAAGGCGGCAGGAGCGCAACCUGAGCAGAACCAGAAGAUCCAGGAGUUCCUCGCUCGCCUCGAAGAAGAACGGCAUAAGAUCGAAGUCUUUAAGCGCGAGCUGCCUCUCUGCAUGCAGCUUCUCAACAACGCCAUUGAGAUUUAUAAGCAGCAGUUGCAAGAACGCGUGCCGCUUAAAUACAUGAAUGUUGAUGGGUCCGACAAGGCCAACUGGAUGGUCUCGGCUCAGCUAUGGAGUCCGCCUGACGACGCAGCCAAGCAGCAGGCGGCGCCGCCGCCGAAGGAGGCCGACGUGAUUCCGAAGCUCGCGCUGGACACCACCAAGCAAAGGAGCGGUGGUGCGUUCCUUCCCUUCUCGAGGGAGAAGAGCAGAGUAGCCCACGCUACCUCUGCGGAGAAGGUGGUGGAGGAGAAGAAGUGUGCGGAGUUGGAGAAUGAAAUUGUUAACACCGGAAGACAUAGUGGCGCCAAUGGACAUGAAAACACAGCUGAUAGCCAGGCGGCGGCGGCGGCGGCGCCACCGACGCAUAGGAAGGCCAGGAGAUGCUGGUCGCCGGACUUGCACCGCCGCUUCGUCAAUGCUCUUCAGAUGUUAGGAGGCUCUCAAGUUGCGACUCCAAAGCAGAUUAGAGAGCUGAUGAAGGUUGAUGGAUUGACCAAUGAUGAGGUGAAGAGCCACCUGCAGAAAUACCGACUCCAUACGAGGAGGCCGAUCCCGGCGCCGCAUGCGGCGGCGGGCGCGGGGGCGCCGCCGCAGCUGGUGGUGCUGGGGGGCAUCUGGGUCCCUCCAGAGUACGCCACGUCGGCAGGCCCGGCCAUGUACGGCGCUCACGCGGCCCCCGUGCCCCGGGAGUUCUACUCGCCGGUGCCGCACCACCACUACCACCACCUGCACUACCCUCCCCUCGGACUCGGCGCCUCCACUCCCGCCGCCAGUAGGGGGAGGACGGCUGAUUCGCCGGAGCCCGAGGUGAGGAGCGGCGGGGAGAGGUCGGAGAGCAUCGAGGAGGAGGAAGAAGAAGUGCGGAAGAGGGACGAAGAGGAAGAGGAGGAGGAGGAGGCGCCGGCGUCGGAGGAGAAGGCGUUGGUGCCUCUGAUGGUGAAGGCCGAGGACGACAACGGCGGCGACGUGGUCCUCAAGAUCUGACAGCGGAGACCUGAAGCAGCGAGAGAGAGAGAGGGGGGGAGGGGGUUGAUGUCGUCUGUUUUGGAGCUUGCGAUAAGGACGAGAGCUGAUGAUUGAUUUGAUUCUACGCUGCAGCGGUACGUUGUGAUACGAAACAUGUACUUGUUUUAUCUCGUCUUCUGCUUCUAUAUCAGCAACUAACCACACCAUGGCGAGUCAGUACAAAUAGGUGUAAUCUGGAUUCGAAUCAAAUCCAACUUGGACUCGGCUCGGGUUGGGUCAAUUGCACCAACGUCGACCUUGGUGUUCCACUCAUAAUCUGGCAUGGCCACAUCAAUAUGAUUAAUGACUCUCUCUCUCUCU